AGUCGGGGAAGCUGCUAAAACUCUCAGAUGGAGGACGAUAUUGCUCUCUUGUAAGACGAAGUGCACAGCCGUAAGCACCAGGGGCCAGAUUCCGGAGUGCCUUGUUCAUUGUAUAAGAAGAAGAUAAAAGAUCCAACAACGAGAUGACAACAUUCACCGUUGCAAAAUCAUCUCCUGACAAAAGUGAUGUCAAGAACGCUUCCCUAGCGAUGAAGAGCAGACAGCAAGUCCUUAGUGAGGUCAACAAGCGGAGGACGCUCUUGCAAGAUAACAGCUGGAUAAAGAAACAACCGGAAGAGGAAACUGUUGAAGAAAACUAUGGCAGAGUUGUCCUGAACCAAUACAAGUCACAAGAAAGCUUACACAGGAACACGGAUGAAAAGGAUGAAAAGAAAGCUUCACUUAGCCAUUAUGGAUCGGACACUGCUCUCAAUAGAAUUUCUGACAGGAAUAAUGCUGACAAAGCAAAUAAGUUUCCCGCCUUGGAUAGCAGACCAAAUAAUGGCAAGGGAUAUUUUGUACCUGGGAACAUGGACAACGUCGUAUCUCCAGUGAAGAAGAAAAGGCAGUCAUGGAUGCCUCCCCCCGUUCCAGGCCAGAAGCCCCCCACUGACCACAGGGAACACCACAAAAGGCAGUCCUGGACUCCGCCAAAUUCAGCUGCAGCCGUCGUCACAAAUGAUAAGAAACAAGUGGCCUCAGCUUCAGACAAACCUGGAGGACCAAAGAUGACUGUACCCUCAUCAAGGCCAAUGACACCUCCAAAACCAAAUAAUAAUGCUGCGAAUGACCAGCUCAGAACAAGGCAAAUAUGUCCAGCGAAACCCAAUGAAUCAGAUGCUGGCAGAAACACUACUACGGAGAAGACUGGGAGAAGCCAAGACCUGGACGAUCUCAUCCAAGUCAAACCUGCAGGUGAUAAGAAUGAAAAAGAAAACCUAGACGAUCUGAUCAAAGUGAAGCCUGCAUCGAAUGGACAUAACAAGGGAAGCCAAGACCUGGACAGUCUCAUCCAAGUCAAUGCCGUGAGCGACAACAGUCAAAAGGGAGACUUGGAUGAUCACAUCAAAGGGAAACCUGCAUCUAACGGCUGCAACGAGGGGACCCUUGAUGAUCACAUCAAAGUGAAUUCUACAUCUAAUGGAUAUAACAAAGGAGGAAGAGAUCUUGAUGACUUCAUUGAUGCAAAUAACACUGCAUCACAAAACAAAAGAAAAGACGUGUCCCAUCAGCGCAGUGACGGUCUACGGCGCAUCUGA